AUGGGAAUGGUUUUGACUUGUCCUUUUGGCAUCUUCCCAGCCUGCGGAGCCCAGGCCUCUUGGAACAUCAUUGGGGCUGACGCAGCGGAGGUUCUGGGCACACACGGCCACUGUCAGGAGGCUGACAUGCCCCACAUUCCUGAGGAUGAGGAGCCCCCCGGAGAUCCACAGGCAGCCCAGAGCCCCGCCAGCCAAGGCCCUCCCACAGUAGGAAUAUCUUGCAAUCCACCUGAGAUUGUCCUCACUGGGGAUGCCAGUUCACCAGAAGACAAUACUGAUAAAAGCUUGGCAAACAGAGCUCACAGUCCAAAUAGGAGGCUUUCUCACCGACACCUGAAGGUUUCCACCUCUUCACUGACUUCUGUGGACUCAGCAGGGCACAUCAUUGAUCUUGUGAAUGACCAGCUGCCAGAUAUUAGCAUCUCAGAGGAGGACAAGAAGAAAAACCUGGCCCUGCUGGAAGAAGCCAAGACAGUGAGUGAACGAUUCCUGACCCGCCGCGGGAGAAGGUCCAGGAGCAGCCCCGGAGAGUCCCCAUCAGCUUCUUCCCCAAACCUCAGUCCCGGAUCUUCUCCUGCAUCUUCUCGGAGCAACUCACUCACCGUCCCCAUCCCUCCAGGUGAGGGGGAUGAGGCCGAUGUCUCUUCACCUUACCUUGGCGAGUCUAAUGUUCCCAAAGGGCUAGCUGACCGGAAACAGAAUGACCAGAGAAAAGUAUCUCAGGGAAGGCUGUCUCCUCGCUCCCCCAUGAUUGAGAAGUCCAAAGAAACUGCAAUAGAACAAAAAGAGAACUUCGAUCCACUCCAGCACCCUGAGGCCACCCCCAAGGGCCCAUCUCCCAGCACAGGCAGUGGUGGGAAAAUGGCCCUCAAUAGCCCCCUGCCGGGCCCUGUGGAGAGUGAGCCAGGGAAGCAGCUCCUGAAGACAGCCAGGGAGAGUGACCCUCAGCCAAGAAGCCCAGCGCAGAGCUCGGGAGGAACGGGCCCCAUCCUCCUCCAGGGGAAGGGCUUGUCUGGGGAGCCAACAGGUCCCAAGACUGGCUCCAAAGCUGAGCUGUGGCCCCCAGCCUCCCGACCCCCUCUUCUGCGAGGUGUCUCCUGGGAGAGUGGCCCUGAAGAAACCGGCCCCCGACUACAGAAAGUGCUUGCCAAGCUGCCACUGGCAGAGGAAGAGAAGCGUUUUUCAGGCAAAGCCAGCAGCAAGCAGGCCAAAGUGCCUGGACUCAAAGACUUCCAGAUACAAGUGCAGCCUGUGAGGAUGCAGAAGCUGACCAAGCUCAGGGAGGAGCACAUCCUGAUGAGAAAUCAGAACUUAGUGGGGCUCAAGCUUCCAGACCUUAGUGAAGCAGCUGAGCAAGAAAAAGGGAUCCCUUCUGAAGGCUCUCCUGCUGUUGAGGAGGAAGACUCAAGGACUGGCUUGGAUGUCAUGCCCAAUAUUUCUGAUGUGCUGCUGCGCAAACUGAGAGUCCACAAGUCUCUCCCUGGCAGUGCCCCUCCACUCACUGAAAAGGAAGUUGAGAACGUGUUUGUACAACUGUCCUUGGCCUUUAGAAAUGACAGCUAUACCCUGGAAUCUAGAAUUAGCCAGGCUGAAAGGGAACGGAACCUGACAGAGGAAAACACUGAGAAGGAACUGGAAAACUUCAAAGCUUCCAUUACGUCUUCAGCUUCCCUUUGGCACCACUGUGAGCACCGGGAGACCUACCAGAAGCUGCUGGAGGACAUCGCUGUCUUGCACCGCCUGGCUGCCCGCCUCUCCAGUCGAGCGGAGAUGGUGGGGGCCGUCCGCCAGGAAAAGCGCAUGUCCAAAGCAACAGAAGUGAUGAUGCAGUAUGUGGAGAACCUGAAGAGGACUUAUGAGAAAGAUCAUGCAGAGCUCAUGGAGUUUAAAAAGCUUGCAAAUCAGAAUUCAAGCCGGAGUUGUGGUCCAUCUGAUGAUGGGAUCCCUCGCACAGCAAGGUCCAUGUCCCUCACGCUGGGAAAGAACAUGCCCCGCCGGAGGGUCAGCGUAGCCGUGGUUCCCAAGUUUAAUGCCCUGAACCUGCCUGGCCAGUCUCCCUCACCAUCCAUCCCCUCCUUACCAGUCCUGUCGGAAACAAGCAAUGGAAAAGGCAACCUACCUGUCACCCCUGCACUGCCUGCACUUUUGGAAAAUGGAAAGACAAAUGGGGACCCAGAUUGUGAAGUCUCUGCUCCUAUCUCGACCCCAAGCAGCCUGGAGGAGAUUAGCCAGGAGACCAAGGCCAAAAUAGAGGAAGAAGCUUACAACAAGGGAUACCAAGAAGGUCUAAAGAAAACUAAAGAACUUCAAGACCUGAAAGAAGAAGAGGAAGACCACAAGAGUGAGAGUCCUGAGGAACCGGAGGAGGCAGAAGAAACUGAGGAUGAGAAAAGGGAUGAGAAAAGCAGCAAACUUGAAGAAUUGGUUCGUUUCUUACAAGUCAUGUAUCCCAAAUUGUGUCAGCACUGGCAAGUGAUCUGGAUGAUGGCUGCGGCGAUGCUGGUCUUGACUAUUGUGCUGGGGCUCUACAACUCCUAUAGCUCUUGUGUGGAGCAGGCUGACAGCCCCCUUGGAAAAGCCACCUGCUCAGCAGCCCAGAGGGACUCCUGGUGGGGCUCAGGACUCCAGCACGAGCAGCCCACCGAGCAAUAG